AUGCAGUUUAAAGUCCUCGUCUAUGUUGCCCUCCUUCCUCUCGUAGAGCACGUGUCUUCUGUUGAAAUCUAUGCAAGUCCGAAUGCUAACGCAACCCUUCCCUGCGUCGUGACGCUACCCGAGCCUGUCAGCCUGUCGCUGAUCGAAGCCCGAUGGACAAGAAAUGGCUCCGAUGUGGCUUCAUUUGUAAAAGCAGAAUCGCAGACAAAGCAAGGCUUCAGCUGGAACGAGGCCGAUUUCACCAAAGGGGAUUUUUCUCUGACUGUCCUGAGAGCUGCUCUUGAUCUGCAGGGGCUGUACGAAUGCACGGUCGCCUACAAUUCAGAACCGAAGACUGCCAGCAAUGUUACAUUUGGUAUCAUUGCUGCCCCCACCCUCUCCUUCGAUCAGCAGUGGGCGGUACUGGAGUCAGAGACCCAUCUUAAAUGUCGCGCCGACGGCUUCUACCCUCCUCCCGUGUCUUUCUCCUGGGCCAAAGACGGGCAGGUGAUUCAGGGUCACGACCAGGUUCAAACUGAAGCCCGUCCGGACGGGUUCUACACGGCAGUGAGCAACCUGACCAUCUACCCGUCGCGAGAGGACCAAAACGUGACUUUCACCUGCAAAGUGUCGCACAGUGGCGGAGUUCAAGAGUUGGAUCUUCAACUCAAUAUCACCUAUCCUCCGUCUGUCCGGCUGUCUGCCUUGCCAACCACCUCCAAAACCUCCCCUCUCACCAUCUACUGCGACGUGGACAAUUUCUACCCAGACUAUGUGUCUGUGUCCUGGUUUCAAAAUGGCACCGCUCUGUCUGGGUUUCCCGACACCGAGAUGAACCCCGACGGGACGUACAGAACCAGACGCUACUACACCCUGAGCCCCGAGCAGAGGGCGCAGCGCGGAGAGGUGCAGUGCACGGCGAACCAGCGCGGGGUCGUGAAUCCUGCCAGCAGUUCGGCGCACCUCGACAGCCUGGAUCCUCAAGACGAGGCACCGGUGUUGACCAAAUCAGCCAAAGCGUCCGUGGCUAUGAUGUGCAUUUCCAUCGUGCUCGUCUUCCUGCUUUGCUUUGGCUUUUCUUGGAGAAGAAGAGAUGAGAAACAGAAAUCUCUGACAGUGUCGGGGAUCAUCCUCCCCCCACGAGUGAUCGUGGGUCAAAAGGGCAGAGUGUCGGUGAGCAUUGAGGGCAGGAGGGUGGACCGGGUCCAGACCGCUUGGUUUCUAAACAACAUGCCGAUUUCAGACACCUCACACGCAGCCUCGGAGAAAGGUCAUCUCCUGCCCUCCAGAGGCGAGAUGGGCUACUACAAGCUGCACACCCAGGGGCCCCUGCACUCCUCCCGGAGCGGCACCCAGCAGGUCGUCUCCUCGCUCACCUUCAUCCCCCAGAUUUCAGUCCACAAGGGGGCCGUGUUCAAAUGCCAGGUGUCCUACCUGGGCAAAGACAAGAUCGUGGAGGAGCGGGUGUCAGAGAAGUUUACUAUUCUGUCGGCUCCAGAGGUGUCGGAAAUACAGCUGGCAGAGACACAGAAUGACUCAGACGUGAUCAGCAUGACGGUCCGGGCGUCGCAUUUCCACCCGGACGUCAUCACCUUCCGCUGGUUCUGCCAGGGCGGCGAGCUCAGCCCCGUCGCUUCCCAGGCGUCGUCCUCCCCUCGGCCCAAUUCCGAGGGCUUCUUUUCGGCCUCCAGCCAGUGCAAACUCCCGCGGAGCGAGCUGGAAAAGGGAGUCACCAAAGUCUGGGUCAGCGUCCACCACAUCGCGCUGAAGCAGCCGGUGACCAGGGAGACCCGAGGGUUCAUCAAGAGGCCCAACGUGUCCGAGAUCGUCAGUUCCACCCACUACGCCAAUCAGGCCUCAACUCUGGGCUGCGAGAUCACAGAUUUCUACCCUCCGAGCGUGUCGGUCACCUGGCUGAAGCUCAGAGAGGGAGAGGAGGACGACCGCGAGGAGGAGGUGAUCGAGGGCGGGGAGAUAUGGGGCCCCGUUCAGGUUGGUCCCCGAGUCUUCAAGGCGACGGCAACUCUGAAGAGGAGGCCAACAAACCAGGAGAAGAAGGAGAGGAGGGGAGGGAUUAUUUGUCGAGUGGAGCACUGCUCGCUGCCAGAGCCGAUUGAGAAGUACUGGAGGAAUGCAGUAGGCCCCCCCUCCAUCCCUCCGUCGAUCUCGGUCUGCUGGACCAGCGAGGGCGUCGGCGUCUUCACCCUGCUGCUGAAGGGAGGUCACCCCAAAUGCAAACUGCUGUGGGCGGCGGGGGGGUCCACCCUCACUCCCAUGGUGUCCAGCGAGACGGAGGAGAUCGGAGACGACGGACAGAGGGAGCUGAAGAGCGUGUGCGCCCUGGAGAGGACGGCGGGCCUGCCGAGCCAGAUGCAGAAACCGCCGGAGAGACGCAGGAACGGACACGCAAUAAGUACUCACGUUUAUAAAUCCACACACACAUUCAAACACGUGUUCUUCAGGUGA